UUCCAGCCUCAGCACUGACCUCCUGCUGCCCAGGAAGGGGGAGUCAAGAGAAGGGAGGGUCAGGAUUGGCCUGAUGUCACUCAGCCCUAUUUAAAGCCUCCUUUAGGCUCCUGCAGACAGCAUGGAUGCAGCUGGGGGAAUGAGUUGUGGGUUUUUUUUUUCUUUUUCCCUUUAAAGACCAACACAGACACAGCUGUUGAGCAAAAUGCCGCCUCUACAGAAAAACCCAAGCCUCAGACCCUUCAAGCAGAGGAAGAGCCUAGCAACCAGACAAGAGGAAGUUGCUGGAAUCCGGGCAAAGUUCCCAAACAAGAUCCCGGUGAUAGUGGAGCGCUACCCCAGAGAGAAGCUCCUGCCCCUGCUGGACAAAACCAAGUUCUUGGUUCCUCAGGAGCUGACCAUGACCCAGUUUCUCAGCAUCAUACGGAGCCGCAUGGUCCUGAGGGCCACCGAAGCCUUUUACCUCCUGGUGGACAACAAGAGCUUGGUCAGCAUGAGCAUGACCAUGGCAGAGAUCUAUCGGGACUACAAGGACAAGGACGGCUUUGUCUACAUGACCUAUGCCUCCCAGGAGAUGUUUGGCUGCUUGGAGUUAGCAGUUCCCAGCAGUGGGAGCAGCCAUGGGAACAGACCUGAAAUCCCAUUCACCCCAUGUCAAGAGAAACUUGUCCUCUGAUGGAUGCAUCAGACACUGUCAGAGGCACUGUUCUUGUGUGUAUGUUGGAGGGGAUUGGGAAGCAGGGAUACAUGGGGUGAUCGGCUCCACCCAAUGACUGCAAAGCUGUGGCCCUCCCUGGCUCACAUUCUUUGUGCUUUCCGUUCUUACUUUAAGAAAAAUGUGAGCUGCUUUUGCAAGUUUUGUAAAUAGUCACUUUCUUCUAAAUACGAAAUGAUGAGCUGUGCAACGGUUUUGUGACAUGAGCUGGGCAUGUAUCUUAAGUGUUCCCUGUGGCAGAGGUGGGCAGGCCCUUGAGGAGUUAUUUUACCCCCUACCUGUGGGCAGCUGUAGAGCAGCUCUGGCCUAUGGAGCCAGGUGAAGUCAGAGGGAACUAUGGCAAGCUCACCUGGGAGUGCCCUGACCUGUGUCUUCUGAGAGAUUAUUCUAUUUCCUUGGCAUUUACUCUAUGUGGUUAUUUGUUUUUAUUUCCUUUUUGUUAAGCUAUGCUACACAUUUAUGCCAAAGUUGAAAUUUCUCAAUAUAAAGUCAUUUAAACAAUUUA